AUGUCCCUCAGCUCUUGGCUCCGGUGGAACGAGGCUCCGCCCCGGCUGUCAUCCCGGAGCCCAGCUGAGAUGGUGUUGGAGACGCUCAUGAUGGAGCUGGCGGGGCAGAUGCGCGAGGCGGAGAGGCAGCAGUGGGAGCGCAGCCACGCGGUCAGGAAGAUCUGCACCGGCGUGGACUACAGCUGGCUGGCCAGCACGCCCCGGCCCACCUACGACCUCAGCCCCGGCGAGCGGCUGCAGCUGGAGGAUGUCUGCGCCAAGAUCCACCCCUCCUACUGUGGACCCGCCAUCCUCAGGUUCCGGCAGCUGCUGGCGGAGCACGAGCCCCAGGUGCAGGAGGUGUCCCGGCUCUUCCUCUCGGUGCUGCGGGAAGUCCUGCAGAGGAUGAAGCAGGAGGAAGAGGCCCACAAGCUGACACGGCAGUGGAGCCUGCGGCCCCGCAGCAGCCUGGCCCCCUUCAAGACCCGCGCGCGCAUCUCGCCGUUUGCCAGUGACAUCCGGACCAUCUCGGAGGACGUGGAGCGGGUCACGCCGCCGCUGCCACGGGUCUGGAGCAUGCCCGAGUUCCAGGUGCCCAAAGCUGACUGA